AUGAAAAUUCAAACAAUAGAAAGCAAGGUAAACGCAGGGAAGUGGUCCAGAGAAGAGCAAAAACUGUUUGAAGAAGGUUUAGCAAUCUUCGGCCACGAUUGGAAAAGGGUCGCAGGCGUGGUGAAGACUAGAUCCCAAAACCAGAUUAAGAUUAAGAUUACGCUGGGUAUUUAAGGUCCCUACUACGUCCGAGGAAGCAUUCCACGGUUUUCCGUGUGGUGGCAGAGCGUUCACCAAGCCCGGGCCGAAACCCCCGGUUUCUCGGUAGAGGUAUUGUCAAGGGCCGUCUUAUACCGGCUUUGCUGACCGCCUCCAUUUCAAAUUUGGAUCGUCGCCUAAGUUUACGCCAACACUGCCGCGUCGUCCGCCAGAUCUGCCCAUUGAAGGGCACCUUUUCAACUGGAGAGACCCCCGUUUAGUUGUCUAACUCGCCUUCCCCUCUUUUCCGGUCGUCCCGAGAAAGAACUCAACAGCUUUCGCCAUUCGGGGCGAGCCACAAAAGCAGCUUAGGCAGAUAAGUCGCCCUGCCUCAUUUCGGGCACUCACUGGGCUGAGCGCUGCUGGCAAAAAGAAGUCACGAGUAACUGCCCAUGGGUCUGGUCGCAAAAACAGCGGCUUUCGCGCUUCGAGGUCCCAGACGUUGUUGGGCUAACUCCUGGCUCCAAAAACCAUGCCCGGAUAUACAUGGGUAACCACCACUGAGAGGGUGGGUCGGUUGCCGUCCGCCAUUUUAUGUAUAUCCCAACUUAACUUAACUUAUUAACCAUGACGUUUAACGUCCCUACGGGGUUGCCCUUCCAGGACUACCACCACGCUCUCGUCGCUCGGGGCCCACUAGUUGCUGGGACAGCUAGCUUUGAUCUCCAACGCGCGCCCCCUGCGCGAUGUUCCGGUUUCGACGGCUCAUGAUUGAGCUACUUUCUCUGUAACGAGGGUUGCCUGCUAGGAAAUUCCAAAAAAUGGAAUUUCUGGCCGACUUUCGGUAAAAAGGAAAACUUGUAGCCCGGGGCGAAACUCCCGGUUUCUCGCUAGAGACUUGCCCGAAUGGCCUAGGAAUUAUCUGUAGGCACUGCUGGGCUUCUCCUUUCCAACUCCAAGCCUCCUUUUCCUUCGAGGUAAAAUCCUAACUGAGAACGGACUAGGAUCAGGCUCUGUACACUGCCAGAGUUGCUUACCUGAUAUUGCUGUCCAUCUCUAGCUAGGCAAAACCUUGCUGGAUAUAAUUUAAAUAGGGCUCGAAACUGUCUGGCCGAAAGGCCAGACUCAAGUUGAGACGCCAUAUUUAAUUAUUUAUGUAUAUCCCAAAACCAGAUAAGAAGCCAUGCUCAGAAGUAUUUAUUGAAGCAGAAAUAUAAAGAAAGAGUCGUCCUGUGCAAGAAAUUCGAGCCUCAGUGCAUAGCUGUUGAUGAGCAGAAUAUUAUAAAAUUGCUCUCGACACUAGCUAAUUCUGUUUAAUAUUAAACAAAUUGCAUUAUAAAAUAUAAAUUUUCCAAAUCAAAUAAAUAUUUGCUCAAAUUUUUGCGAAUUGGGAUUGUUUUUAAAUUUCGAAAAAAAAAUUACUAUAAAAUUUAUAUAGUUUUAAAAUAAAAAAUAGCCCACCCUCCGUGAGCACUAAAAACCUUUUAUUCGCUCACGGAGGAUAUUGAUGAUAAAAUUAAAAAUAAAUAUAUAAUCUUGAUUUGAUGAGCCAUCGUCGAGGACUAUAAUGGUUGAUCAUGGCACUCAGUAUGGAGAAGGGAUUAGCUUUGUAAAACUCUUCUCGUGCGAGGAUUAUUUUUUCUCCUAA